UCUGCGGAAGUGGGAGCCUCCCCCUCCCUCCCCAAAGGUCCACAAUCUCUGGUAAUCUCCUUUACUGUCUGCAGUCUCUGGUCAUCCCCUGCACUGUCUGCAGUCUCUGGUCAUUCCCUGUACUAUGUCCGCAGUCUCUGGUCAUUCCCUGUACUAUGUCCGCAGUCUCUGGUCAUCUCCUGUACUGUGUCCGCAGUCUCUGGUCAUCUCCUGUAUUGUGUCCACAGUCUCUGGUCAUCUCCUGUACUGUGUCCGCAGUCUCUGGUCAUCUCCUGUACUAUGUCCGCAGUCUCUGGUCAUCUCCUGUAUUGUCCACAAUCUCUGGUAAUCUCCUUUACUGUCUGCAGUCUCUGGUCAUCCCCUGCACUGUCUGCAGUCUCUGGUCAUUCCCUGUACUAUGUCCGCAGUCUCUGGUCAUUCCCUGUACUAUGUCCGCAGUCUCUGGUCAUCUCCUGUAUUGUGUCCACAGUCUCCGGUCAUCUCCUGUACUAUGUCCGCAGUCUCUGGUCAUCUCCU